AUACCCAUCAACCAAAAGUGUACAUACACCUAGUACGAAACCUGACAGCAGGUUCACAACGCACGAUUUUCAUCUUGGCUUCAAGCCAUAAAUAAGGCUACAGUCACUAAUCAAAAUGACUUCAUUCGACGCCUAUACCGACCGAGCUGCAAAGGCCCUGGCAGACAGCUUCGACCUCGCCAAGGGCUAUGCACACUCACAACUCACACCCCUACACCUCGCGGUGUCAUUGAUAGAUCCACCCAAGGACCUCGCAAACACAGUCGACGUACCCCCACCACCGCUAUUCAAGCAAGUCCUCGAACGCGCAAAUGGCGACCCACAAGCCUUCGAACGUAACCUCAAGAAGGCAAUGGUCCGGUUACCAAGUCAAGAUCCCCCGCCAGAGCGCACAUCACCCUCGCCAGCCAUGGCAAAGGUGCUGCGUGCUGCGGAAGAGCUAAGCAAGACACAAAAGGAUAGCUUCAUUGCUGUCGACCAUCUCAUCAUGUCGCUCUGCCAGGAUUCCCAAAUACAACGAAUCCUCGCCGAAUCAAACGUACCCAACACGAAGCAGAUCGACAAUGCCAUCCAAGCACUUCGAGGAACAAAGCGGGUGGACUCGAAGACGGCAGACGCCGAGGAGGAGAACGAGAACCUCAAGAAAUUCACCAUCGACAUGACCGCCAUGGCACGAGAGGGCAAGAUCGACCCUGUCAUUGGUCGUGAAGACGAAACACGACGAGUCAUUCGUAUCCUGACAAGGCGAACCAAGAACAACCCUGUUCUGAUUGGUGAGCCUGGUGUUGGUAAGACUACAGUCGUUGAAGGUCUCGCCCGCCGAAUUGUCGAUGCAGAUGUACCAGCAAACCUGGCAGCAUGCAAGCUGCUUUCACUCGACGUCGGCGCUCUAGUUGCUGGCAGCAAGUACCGCGGAGAGUUCGAAGACCGUAUGAAGGGAGUGUUGAAGGAGAUUGAAGAGUCCAAGGAGAUGAUAGUGUUGUUCGUCGACGAAAUCCAUCUCCUCAUGGGCGCUGGAUCUUCUGGCGAGGGAGGCAUGGAUGCUGCCAACUUGCUGAAGCCCAUGCUGGCUCGUGGACAGCUUCACUGCAUUGGUGCAACCACCUUGGGCGAAUAUCGCAAGUACAUCGAGAAGGACGCUGCAUUCGAACGUCGUUUCCAGCAGGUCCUGGUCAAGGAGCCUUCAAUCCCCGAGACAAUCUCCAUUCUUCGAGGACUGAAGGAGCGAUACGAGACGCACCACGGUGUCACCAUUAUGGAUGGUGCCAUCGUUGCAGCUGCUACCCUCGCCGCCCGCUACCUCACCCAACGGCGACUGCCAGAUUCCGCCGUCGAUCUGAUCGAUGAGGCUGCGGCAGCUGUCCGUGUCACCCGAGAGUCACAACCCGAAGCUCUGGAUAACCUCGAGCGACGCCACAGACAACUCCAAAUUGAGAUUCAUGCCCUCUCGCGAGAGAAGGAUGAAGCCUCGCAAACGCGUCUAAAGGAGGCCAGAGCUGAGGCUGCCAACAUCGAGGAAGAGUUGAGGCCACUUCGCGAAAUGUACGAACGCGAAAAGGGCCGUAGCAAGGAGAUCCAGGACCAGAAGCUCAAACUCGAGGGCCUUAAGACCAAGCUCGCCGAGGCUGAGCGUAUGCGCGACAUCCAGACUGCCUCUGAUCUCAAGUACUACGCCAUUCCCGAUGUUGAGCAGCGCAUCAGCGAGCUCGAGCGUGAAAAGGCUCGCGCAGACGCUGAGAUGUACUCACACCAGGCAAGUGGAGGUGGUGAGUCUCUCCUGAGUGAUGCUGUUGGUCCAGACCAGAUCAAUGAGAUUGUCGCUCGCUGGACCGGAAUUCCAGUCACUCGUCUCAAGACCACAGAGAAGGACAAGCUGCUAAACAUGGAGCGUCACCUACAACAAGUCGUCGUUGGUCAGAAGGAGGCUGUCACAUCUGUCUCCAACGCCAUUCGACUUCAGCGCUCUGGUCUUGCCAACCCCAACCAACCACCAAGCUUCCUCUUCUGUGGUCCAUCUGGUACCGGAAAGACUUUACUCACCAAGGCUCUUGCUGAGUUCUUGUUUGACGAUCCAAAGGCCAUGAUCCGAUUCGACAUGUCCGAAUACCAGGAGCGUCACUCUCUCAGCAGGAUGAUUGGUGCACCACCUGGCUACGUCGGUCACGAUGCAGGAGGCCAGCUUACCGAAUCCCUCCGUCGGAAGCCGUUCUCCAUCCUGCUCUUUGAUGAAGUUGAGAAGGCUGCCAAGGAAGUUCUUACCGUUCUCCUGCAACUCAUGGACGACGGUCGCAUCACCGACGGUCAAGGCAGAAUCGUUGAUGCAAAGAACUGCAUUGUCGUCAUGACCUCCAACUUGGGUGCCGAGCACUUGUCGCGCCCCAACGCACCCGACGGCAAGAUCGACCCCACCACCAAGGAGAUGGUCAUGAACGCGCUACGCAACUGGUUCCUGCCCGAGUUCCUCAACCGUAUCUCGUCGAUUGUCAUCUUCAACCGCCUCACGAAGCGCGAGAUCCGCAGCAUCGUGGACGUAAGAAUGGACGAGAUCCAGAAGCGACUCAACCAGAAUGGAAGGAACGUGCGCAUCGAGAUGACACCCGAGGUGCGCGAUUACCUUGGUUCUGCCGGCUACUCGCCAGCAUACGGUGCCAGACCACUGGCCCGACUCAUCGAGAAGGAGGUGCUCAACCGACUUGCUGUACUCAUCCUCCGCGGCUCCAUCAAGGAUGGUGAGACGGCGAGGGUUGUGCUCGAUGAGGGUCACGUUGCCGUCCUGCCCAACCACACGGACAGCGAAGACGACUCGGAGAUGUACGAUGAGUCUGACGCCAUCCAUGAGCUGGACGAUGACGAUGCUGGCAUGGAUCUGUAUGAUUAGAGGGGCAAUAAAGAAACAUCUGGGAUGUAAAAGCAAAGGUGAUGAAGGGGAUGUCUUUGAGCACUGGCGUUAAGUUCACUGGAGGGGUUUUUUCUUUGAUCAAUUGGGAAAGUUUGAUGUCCAUGAUUUAAGAAGACAUCAUCACAAUGGGUUUUAUGAAUUACGAAUGAUGGAUGGAUGGAUUGAUUCCAAAAGGUGCUUUUGAUAGGCAUUCUAGGUUUUAGCAUACUUUGAGCAUAGUGUCUUGUGUAUAGUUAAUGAGAUAAAUAUUU